AUGAAUCGAAUUGUAGGUUGCCCAGACGAUGCGUAUGAUAGCAUAUUGGACGUAAAGGAAGAUACAGAAGAGGAAGACAAAAAGAAAGUGCGAGACGCGAAUUUUGUUCUCUUGGGAUGCCUUCUGCAUCCGAAAUAUUCAGGUGGACAAACAGAAGAGGCCUUCAAUAAACUCCUUGCGGCUGGCCGAGUUGUGGAGGUGGAUGAUGCAUACUUUUCUGCCGUGAAAGAAUGGAAUGGCGAAGAGGAUAUUAUGAACCCCCAAGCGGACAAAGAUGAAGAAGAGGAAGAGGAAGACCCUCCGCAAGAAGACUCCAUGCCUAUACCACCCGACUGGAUAAAAGAGCUAUACGAAAAUGCAACAAACGUCCUCAGGUCGCUUUGGAUAGAUCCGAAUGACGCACAGCCAAUGAAAACCCUAAAAACUCUUAACGACGAUAUUUUGGAUGAUAUGAGUGAAUUAACUCGAGAAGAAUUAAUGCAGUGGCAAAUCCCAGCGGGGUUUUUUCAGGUCCACUAUAAAAAACUCGAUAAGUUAGACGAAGAACUCAAAGAGUUAGAUGAAGAAGUCAACAAGUCAAAUGAAACUAUCGCAGCAGUCGAAAAAGCGAAGAAGACAAAAAUUGAAAUACAUGAAAUGAUCAAUGCCAGAGUCGAAAGGCAGCACUUCCCGGAGGCCUGGCGCUCCAUACAUAUCGGGCCAAAGCCGGAGCGUUCCGAAGAACGAAAUGUUGAAGAACGAAAUGUUGAAGAACAAAAGGUCGAAGAACGAAAGAUCGAAGAACGAAAGAUCGAAGAACAAAAGGUAGAAGAACUAACUUACCCCUGGCACACUGCUGUGGUUAAAGAGGGCACACGCAUCAUUGGUGUACGUAGGUAUGGAAGAGGCCAUCAAGUUUGCAUCGAAAAAGAGGAAAAUGGACACUUGGUCCGCAGACUAGACUCAGCUUCGAGACUUGGACUACUUAGUGAGGUGGAGGAAUACUGUGAAAAUGCGGAUUGGAAGAAUCUAUCUGAAGGCCAGUCGAAAUGGACAUACAAGAACAGGAAAGAGUUUGUCAAGCUUCUCUGGAUAGCAACAUCUCAGAGACAGCUAGAAAACAAAGCCGCCCCCCCAAGAGCCCCCAAUGUAGAUUGCUGCGUCCAAUUUAAAAAUGGCAUACAUAUGCUCACAUUUUCAAGUUUUUCUAGAGUCCGUGGAGCAAAAGACGCAAGAGAUAAGAUUGAGGAGCUCUGUGAACAAGAUAGUAGCCCUGUUCCAUGGGAUCUUAAGCCUGUUAGUACUUUUUAUAAUCCAACAAUUGUCAAGAGGCGUCGAAAAAUUGAAGGAGCAUCACAUGAGAAGGUACAAGGUAGGGAUUUACAAGCUAGAGAGAAUUUUACAAUCGAUGAUAGAUUUACGAACAUGGGAACUGAGGUGUUAGAGAAUGAAACACCCUCUGUCGAAACUAUGAAAUCUUAUGAAGCCACGAUCAAAGGAAUGCUACAAGUUCAAGAGAAGCAGCGACAAGAGCUAUCAGACAUAUCAAAGCUUAUGGCAAGAACUUUCGCCCAAUUUGAGAAGUUUAUGAAAUUUGUUGAUCCGAAGGCCUUUGACCAAAACCAAAACAAAGGCACCUAA